CAGACAGUCAUAUGAUCUUUGUGGGCCAGCCGUCCACAGAAAUCGACUGGCCGUCACUCCUUUAGGAUUUUUCUGCUUUUAAGUCGAGAAGUCUGCUUCUCAGUGUCAUUUUUGGAACCUUUCUGCCCCAAAGAAGCUUACAAACUACCUCAAAAUGGCGCUCUCCGACGCAGACGUCCAAAAACAGAUCAAGCACAUGAUGGCUUUCAUUGAACAAGAAGCCAAUGAAAAAGCAGAGGAAAUUGAUGCUAAAGCAGAGGAGGAGUUCAACAUUGAGAAGGGACGUCUGGUUCAGCAGCAGCGUCUUAAGAUCAUGGAGUAUUUUGAAAAGAAAGAGAAGCAAGUUGAGCUGCAGAAGAAGAUCCAAUCCUCUAACAUGUUGAACCAAGCUCGUUUGAAGGCCCUGAAAGUACGUGAAGAUCACAUUCGUGGUGUGUUGGAUGAAGCUAGGAAACGCUUGGGAGAGGUCACUCGCAAUCAACAAAAGUACAGCAAUGUUCUUCAACAAUUGAUUAUUCAGGGUGUUUACCAGCUUUUGGAGCCUACUGUAACUAUUCGUACUCGUGAAGUUGAUCAGGGUCUGGUGAAGGCCGUUCUGGACAACUGCAUCGCGGAAUACAAGAACAACACUGGCAAGGAUCUUGCUCUAAAGUUGGAUUCUGACACUUUUUUGCCUGUUGAUUCUGUUGGUGGUGUUGAAUUGAUUUCCAACCGAGGCCGCAUAAAGAUCAGUAACACACUUGAAGCUCGUCUUGACUUGAUUGCACAGCAGCUUGUACCAGAAGUCCGUGUGGCUCUCUUCGGACGCAAUCCCAACCGUAAAUUCCUUGACUAAACAGUGCUUGGCACUAUUUUUUGUUUUCUUCUCUUUCUUUUGCCAUCCACACUUACGUUGCCAAUAUAUGGCCGGAAGCUGUUCAUGUUUUCGAUUAUCUUUAGUAAAAGUCAGUAUUGCUAUACAAUAUCAAAACUGGUAGUUGUGAAAAGAAGAAGAAAAAACCUGAAUUAUGUAAAUACAUGUGCUGCUUCCUUCGUUUAGUUGUUUUUACUCCAGGGAGUUAUUAUAAUAUGAUAUGUUAAAUUUGUACAGCUUUAUUGUUGUUGGUGAUUUUUCAACAUUGUUGAAGAAUUAAUUUUAUCAAUGCCUUUUACAACUUCAUAACAUUACGGCUAUUUUAAAAUUAUUACAUUGAAUUGCCAUACAUACUGUGUUCAAUUGGAUAGAAAUUAUCUUUUCUGGAUCAGACCUAAGGGAAAGUUCAUUGUGUUCUGAAAACAGGUCGGUAUUGUGUGUAUAGUUCUCAGAAUGGUGAAUUUCAGUAAGGGCCUUAUGGUACUCAAUUAUUUUGAAUUUGUGUGUACGUACUUGUUUUUCCAUAACAUAACUUCAUGUAAACUGCAUUAUUGUGUUCGCCAUGUAAAUACAUUAUUGUAACAGCACUUCUCUAGAAGUGCUUUCACCUAAACAUUCCUUCCAUAUGAAGAUCAUGCUGCUUAUUAAAUGUGAAAAAAGUGCUGUCUGUUUGUCAGGUGAAGCAAUAAUAAUAAAUAAAACAUAGACUAGAAAAA